AGACGUACUCUCGGAAUUGUGGACUUCAUUUCCCGUCGGCACCGUCGUUCUUCCCUUGCCUUUGAACGAACUACCCUUGUGCUCGGUCGCUUUGUGGCUUGGCGUUAGUGUCGAGUGGUGUUGUAGAAGUUUAUACAGACGAAAUCAUGGCAGAGGCAGACCGGCCAGGGAAACUCUUCAUUGGUGGCCUGAACACCGAAACAAACGAGAAAGCCCUUGAACAGUAUUUCGGGAAGUACGGGAGAAUUGUUGAAGUGCUGUUGAUGAAAGACCGAGAGACGAACAAAUCAAGGGGCUUUGCCUUCAUAACAUUUGAGAGCCCAGCUGAUGCGAAGGAUGCAGUGAGAGAAAUGCACGGAAAGUCCCUUGAUGGCAAACCAAUCAAAGUGGAACAAGCAACAAAGCCCCAGUUUGAGUCUGGAGGGCGAAGAGGCCCUCCUUCCAUGUACCCUGGUUCACGUGGCUCACUCAGAGGUGGUCUUAGAGGAUCCAGAGGAGCACCAGGUGGAAUGAGAGGCCCACCACCCAGAGGGAUUGUAGAACCUUUUUUCAAAGGGAUGUCACCCAGAGGCCCUCCUCCCUUGAAGAGAGGACCCCCAAUCCGCAAUGGAGGACCCCCACCGAAGAGAUCAGCACCCUCAGGACCAAUGGGCAGACCUCCCAUGUCCCGUGAAAGAGAUCCAUAUGGACCACCUCCUCCCAGAAGAGAUAGCAUGAUGUCCAGGAGAGAUGACUACCCAUCUCCACGAGAUGACCACUAUAGUAGCAAAGACAGUUAUUCCAGUCGAGACUACAUGAGUUCUAGGGACGCCAGAGACUAUGCUCCACCCCCUCGAGAGUACCCAUACCGCGACUACCCACACUCCAGUUCCCGUGACGAAUAUGGGUCCAUGUCACGCAGCUACAGCGACCGUGACGGCUACGGUGGAAGUCGUGAGCCGCGGGGCUACAUUGACCGCCCCAGCGCAGGUUCCUAUAGAGACCCCUAUGACAGUUACGGUAACUCGCGCAGCACCCUGCCCUCAAGGGGUCCCCCAAGUGGCGGAAGCAGUCGCUAUGACGACUAUGGCAGCAGUUCCCGGGAUGGGUACGGCAGCCGUGACAGUUACCCCAGCAGUCGCAGUGAUCCUUACUCCACUAGCCGUGGUGAGCGAAUGGGCAGACAGGAGCGGGGGCCAGCCCCCCCGAUUGAUAGAGGCUACCCCCCUCGAGAUUCUUACAGCAGCUCAAGCCGUGGAGCACCUCGGGGAGGUGGACGUGGAGGCAGUCGUGUCGAUAGGGGAAUGGCCCGCAGCAGAUACUAAAGGGGAGGAAACUUAACCAAUGAGAGGAUCACAAACUGUGCAUAAGCAAUUUUCAUAACACAGAUGAAGAUGGAAUGUCUAAAAGGGGAUUGAAAUCCAUGGACAAAAAAAAAAAAACACUGUUGCGCCCCCUUUCUCCUUAAACCGUCAUUGUUUCUCAGAAGUUAAGUGUAACGUUUUGUAUAUCUCCCUUAAACACCUGCAUCAAGUACUGUAGCAGUUUUAAGUAUUAGGUGUCAUUUUGUUCUAGUGUUUCACUUGCUGCAGUUCCUUGGAAAUAACAUGCCUUUUCAUUUACUAAUAAAGUUUUUAAUCAACAAUCUUGACCAAAGUUGGUGGAUGUUCAACAAAAAGUAACCAAUUUCAUGUAUGGUUGUAUUUAUUUGCCUUCAAAAUUUUUCUAAACUCAAUGAAAUGUUCCAAAGUCACAGUUACCAUGGACCUUUGACCUUGAAUUAAAAGGUUGGUUAGAUGCCUGUUGAACUGAUCCUGCAUUUCCAUGGAAGAGAAGGGGCAACUCUGACAUUUCCCCCCCAAAACACAGUAGAGGAAAUGGAUCUCUCACCUGAAAGGCUUGACCAUGGCUUGCAUUGACCUACCAAAAGAGCAUGAUGACCGAAAUGCGAGUGAAUCUCAACCAAUUACAAACAAGUUGCGUGUCAUCGGAUGGUAAGCAAAGCAAACUUGCACAUUUCUCAUCUAAAUGGGAUACAAGUUCAAUCGGUGACAUUCUCAAACUUACUGUGCAUCUUCAGUACAGUGCAACUCGAGCCUUUUUAAGCAAAAAUUUGAUCUUUUUAAAGUUUCUACACCAAUUCACUUCUGUCGGGAAGCCUUCCAAGCAAAAAUAACUGAAUAUGUCCAAGUGAAUAUGUAUACCAUCUAGAUGCAGUUUUUUGGAAUUGGUCAUGAUGUGAAAUAAUGUGAAAGAUGCUUUAAUUUGUACAAUUUGAAACCUAAAGGUCACAUGUUCAGAUUCAUGAAAGGAGAUCAAGCUGAUGGAGAGGAAAAGCCAUAGUGAUGGAGCACAAACUGAGGAUAAGCUGAACUGGAUCAUGGCCUGUUUAAUAUGGAAAAAAGUAAAUUACUGCAGCAAUUUUAAGAUGCGUUUAUUUUUCUUCUGAAGUUGCAUUUGCCGGUCGGAAAUAAUAUUCCUUUUAAUUUACUAACUUUACAUCGGCACGCCUGAUCAAAGUUGGUGGACGUUAAACAAAAUCCCUUGUAACAACUACAGUAUAUCGUAUUUCCCCUUAAUUUCUCCAGUCUCAAUGAAAUGUUCCAACUCUUGAAAUCACAGCAAUGUAACUUUCUAACUGUGAAUUAAGGUUUGUUAGAUGCCAUUCAAAUGAACCUGCGUUUUCAUUGAAGAACUAAAGAGAGUUGACUUCCUCCUAACCUCUUAGUAGUGGAAACGGUUCCUUACCUGAAAGCCUUAACCAUGGCUUGCGUUUACUUAGUGAGAGCCUGAUGACCCAAGCAAAAGUGAAUCUCCAGAAAAGUUAAUCUACAACACUCAACCAAUUGCAAACAAGCCACCUUUGGAUGGGUAAGCAAAAUACAAAAGUUGUAUUUUUACUAAUCUAAAUUGGAUGUAAGAUCUGUUGAAUACGUUCAGGAAGCUCAAAGUAUUGUUUUUAAGCAAAAUAAUAGUCAAAUCGUCCACCAUAAUUGAAGCCUUGUGGGUGAUCUAAAAGUUUGAGUGGAUACUUAUACCGUCUGGAUGCUUCAGAAUUGGGCAUAAUUUAGUGUCAAGGAUUGAAAUUACUUAUUUGAACAUUUAAAUUCACAUUUACAUUCAUGAGAGGAGAUCAAGCCGGUGGAGUACGAACUGAGGAAAAACCCAAAUUGGACCGUAAUCAGUUUUAACUCAAGAAAAAGGAUGAUGAGCAUAUUUUCAUUCUAACUGCACUUCCCUGGAAAUCAUUUUAAUUGAUUAAUCAAGUCUUUAUUAACAAUCCUGAUAAAAGCUGGAUUUUAAGACAAGUAACCACUGUCAUGUAUUGUAUUUAUAUGAAAUUUCUCUGGUCUCAGAAAUGUUUCAGCACUUCAAAAUGCAAUGACCUUUGACCUUGAAUUAAAAGGUUUUGUGUGCAUAUUCAGUUGGUCCUGUGAUUUCACUGAAGGAAAAAAGGCGAUUGCAACUUUGCCCCCAAAACUUUUAGUGCACCUCAGUGGAAGGGGAUCCCUCGCCCAAAAGCCUUAACCAUGGCUUGCAUUGACCCAUCAAGAAAGCCUGACCACCGAAACACAAGUGAAUCUCCAACACUCGACUGAUUGCAAACAAGUUGCCUGCCAUUGGAUGGUAAGCAAAGCCAACUUGCACUUUCUUGUAUAAAGUGGAUACAAGGUCCAAGUGGUGUUCCCAAACUUAGUGUGCAUCUUCAGUUCACAAUAGUUGUACAAUUCAAGCCGUAUUUUAAGCAAAAAUACUACCUAGUUUUCUCAUCAUGAAAUUGUCCACCCUGGUCCGCAUGCAUUUCAAACCAGACAAAAACACAAAUGGUUCAAGCAAAUACAUACAACACCUGGGUGCAUUUCUCAGAAUUGUUUGUACUGUACUCUAAGAAAUGGCUUAAUUUCUGCAAAAAGUUGAAACUUAAAAAAAUAAUUGGUGCACUCAUUCUUGAAAGAAGAUCUUGCUGAUGGAGAGGAAGUGCUAUACUGAGGAAGUUGAAACUGGAAAAGCCCAACUUGGAUCAUGACCCGUUUCAACUCAAGAAACAAGAUAAAGGUUUGUGUUUUACAGUUAAUUGCAUUAAUUCUAUAAAUGUCUGAAAUGUUUGUUUUCUUUUUGCAGGAUAAUGUUCUGUGCCUCUGCCAGAUUAAACUAUGACUACAAGUUGAAACUUGGAAAGUCAGGCCUUUGCAAGGUGCCUGAAAGAUCCUGCUGCAGUUGGUUUGGCUCUGAAGGGAAAGUGCUGCAGGAUGGGGUUGCAGUGCACAGCUCUGAAAUGACCUUGUGGAAAAUGGUGGUAUUGAAACUCCAUGUGUGUUGAGAGGACUCCCUGCUAUGGUUUCAAUAAAGUUUGCUGAAAAUGUG